AUGCAUCGCUCCACAUUACUAUAUCAGGUCGACGACGGCGGCAUCCAAUGCAUUUGUCUCGCCGCUUCGUCGUCGGCGAGGUCCAAGAUGGCCCAAAGAUCAACGGCGGGUGUUGGAGCGAGUGCCCGACGGGCGGCGCUGCCGUUCGAGUCCUUUACAAUCACUUCUAGCACCCGGGCAAAGUCGUCGAGGAGUUCAAGGCCACGAAAGUCCGGUAUCGGCUUGAUUUGUAGGCUUUCCUUGAUGACUGCCCGAACCGCGACAAGUGUUCUCUCUGCACUCCUUGCGGCGGAAGCCUUGCCGAAGUUGGCCAUGAUUGACCAUGCUUGCGGGACCAAGUCGAGCACGUCCUGCGCCGUUUCCACUGUUGGGUCAUGCACCAGUCGUGUGGUGGAAAGGUGCCAAGACCGGCAGUACGCCGACGACAACGGAUCGACGGUUGCUUCGCGGCACGCCAAGUGCGACAGGAGGCUAAAGUACCCCAGCCCAAGCACGGAUAACACCACUGCCAGCAACCCCGAUCGAAACAACAACACGACCAGGCGCCACAGAAUCGAUGGAGAUGUGGACGCCCGAUUCGAUGCCGCGAUCGCCUGCAAUGCGGGCAGAUGGGCUUCGAUCUUCUUGACACUCAACGCGCCGUACUUUGCUUUGAGCAGUCGGAUCAGGUCAACUUCGUGGCCCGAGUACGACGAUGCAAUCGUACGAACAUCUUUGAGCUUGUCGGGUUGA